AAAGAGAGAAAGAAAGUGAAAGAAAGAAAGAAAGAACGAGAGAUCACAAAGAAGAAGACGAAUUCAAAGCGAGAGAGAGAUGGAAGAAGCAAAAGCAUUAGCCCAACAACAACAACAACAUCAACAUCAACAACAGCAACAACAACAACAACAACAACAACAACAUCAACAUCAACAACAACAACAUCAGCAGCUUCUGUAUCAACAACAGCAACAACAGCAGUUACAGCAGCAACAACAACAGUUUCUACUACUCCAACAGCAACUCCACAAACAACAAGCCAUUUCUCGCUUCCCUUCUAACAUCGAUGCCCACCUCCGCCCUCUCACUCUCCGUCCCAUUAACCCUAACCCUAACCCCAUUAAUAAUAACCCUAAUCCCACUCCCAACCCUAACCCUAACUCAACCCCCACGCCUGCUCCCAAUCCCAAUCCCAAUUCUAAUUCCAAUCAGCAAUCGCAGCAGAAAACUAUCCGACCCGGAAACCAAGCGGAGCUCCAGAUGGCUUACCAGGACGCCUGGCGUGUUUGCCACCCGGACUUCAAGCGCCCAUUUUCCUCCCUCGAAGACGCCUGUGAGAGGUUAUUGCCUUAUCAUGUGGUAGCUGAUUACGAGGCGGAGGAAGAUGAUAGAAUCCUUGACUCUGAUACAACAGGCCAACUGCCAUCUCGCUCUCAGCAGUGGGAUCACAAUAUAUCUGUCAAAGUCGCAGAGUUUACAGCAACAUUUGAGAAGCAGGCUCUGGCCUUCAACAUUAUCUCUCGCAAACGGGCUGUUGGGGAGUUCAGGUCUGAGGAGAGAAUGAUGAUAGAGCAAGCUUUGUGCCAAGAGGAGAAACGGGCGUAUUUGGAGUUGAAAAAUGAGUUGGAAUCAAGAGAGAAAGCUGGUCGGGAGGCUCACGAAGCUAAAAUGCGAAUGGCUGCCUUUGUUCAGGCAGAGCAAGCAAGGGCCGAGUCACAAGCUCACGCUGAAAUGAUGGCUCGAGGUCCAAUAAGGUCAAAUUCGCAUAGUUCACAGGGCAAUGAUAUUUCAAGUGGUCAUAAUAUGGGUGAGCAGGAACAUGGAGUCAAUACAGACGAGAUGAUCAAUGGGUGGGGAAACAAUUCUCAGAGAGAUGAGAAGGAGCCUUCUGAAGAUUUUUUGAAUGAUGAGGAGACCGAUAAUGGAGAAACAGGCACCCAGGAUGGGUGGCGGGAAGUUGGGGAGUUUGAUUUAAACUCAAGAUAAAAACUCUUGGUUAGUUUUAGUAAUGAUAUGAGGGAGCAAUGAAGAAUGAAUCUGCUUUGACAUUGUAACUGUGAAAACCAUUCUUCUUUUUUGUUUUGUUUGAGAGAUUCAUCCACUAGCCAAAAAAAAAAAAAAGCAUGGCUUUGGUCCAACUUUAAUAGUUACUUAUUUGGACUUAAGGAUGAUGUAGAUUGUAUAGUUUUAGCUUCGUAAUCACAAAAUUACAUGGAAUUCUAUAUGUUUUUUUUCAUCAAAAA